ACAGUGGUGUGAAGGAGAUGGUCAGAUCCUGUCUGUCUCAGGGGCUGGGUUUCUCUUUUACCCAACAAGAGGAAAAAUUGUUUCAAGCAUGACGAGGCAAAGACACUGAAAGAACAGAGACAAAUAAUGAUAUAAAAAACUUUCUGAACUCACAAUGGCCAUAAGGGAGCUCAAAGUUUGUCUUUUAGGGGACACUGGAGUAGGGAAAUCUAGCAUUGUUUGCAGAUUUGUCCAGGAUCAUUUUGACCACAACAUAAGUCCCACAAUAGGAGCAUCAUUCCUCACUAAAACAGUGCCAUGUGGAAGUGAACUACACAAAUUUCUGAUCUGGGAUACAGCCGGACAGGAGAGGUUUCACUCAUUAGCUCCUAUGUACUACAGAGGAUCGGCAGCUGCUGUCAUAGUCUAUGACAUAACUAAACUGGACUCUUUCCAGACACUGAAGAAGUGGGUGAAGGAGCUGAAGGAACACGGUCCAGAGGACAUCGUUGUAGCCAUAGCAGGGAACAAGAAUGAUUUAGGAGACAUCAGGGAAGUUCCAAUGAAGGAAGCGAAGGAGUUUGCUGAAUCGAUCGCCGCCAUUUUCAUUGAGACUAGUGCCAGAAAUGCUGUCAAUGUAGAGGAGCUCUUUCAGAAAAUCAGCAAACAGAUUCCCCCCCUGGAGAACCCUGAGGUGGAGAGCAACGAGUCCUUCAAACUCACCCGGCAGCCCGCUCCAUCCACCAGGAGAUGCUGCUAGUACCAACAGUGCCUGAUGAGAUCACCUCCUCUGGCACCAGGGACCCCACCAGCGCAGCACACCGUCCACAGUGUCUCACUCCAGGGAAAGACCAGACAGUGGACAGACAGAGGUCAGCUUGCACAUGUGGUCAACUGCAAAAAGAAAGAGUAAAAAGUACCAUGAGUAUUAUAUGUAGCAUUGCACAUUUAUUGCAUUGCAGUGAACUCACAUCAGGUCUGAAGCCUCCAGUUUGUCCCCAUCAGGUGGUGUUUUUGCUGAAUUACAGUAGGACUUCUGUCUGUGCAGUAUGCAACAUAACUCAUCACAAAGAGUUGUUUUUUAUUCCAUUUAACAUUGCAACUUUAAAACUUCGCAUAUACUAAUAACAAGUGAUCCAGCCAUUGUGCUUUUUUGAAGCCGAGCGUUGAUGUAGACACAUGAUCAUUGCACUGCAGCUCUUAAAUGGCAGACAUUAACAGCUGUUUUUUGAUUACUUUUUAUCAAGGAAGUGCUUCACAUGGAUCUUUUUUAUGUACAUGUAUGUAUCAUCUUUGUAUAGAAUAUUAUUAGAAUAUUUCUUAAUACAUUGUGGCUUCAACUCUAGACAAGAAUUCAGUUCUGCCACUCACAAGCAGCACCUUUACAUUCCACUGCGUCAUGUGUUUUCACACACAUUUGCUGUAUAAAGGUUGAACUGUAGUGCUGAAGGAUACGUAACAGGGGGGCUUAAAUCACAAUUAUAGCAUGACUUCCCCUGUGACCAAUACUAGAGAUGUUUACAUAGUGUUUUGUUAGAGAUGUUUUUCUACAUGCUGAAAAGUAGUGUCUGGGAUUUCAUGACAGAAUGAGUUAGUAAAACUGCCAAACACGAGUUUUACAUGAUUUUACAUAUGUACUGUUGAGAAGAGAAAAUACCUGCAAGUGUUCCACUAAAGACUGGACUGAGGCCUGAUCAGAUGGUAUGCUGAUUCUGCAGUAAGAAGUGUUUUUUUCCAGUUUACAGCAAUUUGCACGCUACUCUUUGGCCCUGGCUGAUUCUUAUUUAGCAGGACAUGGAGACGGUUAAUAUCUCAGAGUGAUCAAAACUAAACUUAGAGGGUAAAUUUGCCCUUUAGCAUUUCUGUUCUCUUUUUGUUUGUUUAGUACUUUCCCAAUGGAAUCAGAGUUAGUCUUAAGUCUGAUGAUAAAAAAAACUUUCAUUUGUCCUUGUUUUGAAUGAUGGGCUUCGGGUUAAAGGCAAUGUGACAUGCCUUAUGUUUUGCAACCUGCAAAUGGUGAUGUGUCUGAUUAUUUUGAGUUGAAUAAGAUUUGUCUUGUGUUUACUGAACCAACUCUGAGGAAAUCUAUUCAAAUUAAGCCCUAAAUCAAUAAACUGUAUCUAACCAAAAAUGAAAUAAACAAGUAAAGAAACCCUCGCCAAGUUAUAUAACCUAAUACAAGACUUAUUUUGUGCCAUUGGAUUUGACCACUUAAGAGUUUUAUAACAGUACUUUUGGAUUAUUUUCAAAACAGUACUAUUUUGAUUGUUUAUAACAUUUACAUGACUCCUCUACAGUAGGGGUUCCCAAACUUUUUCUGUGACCCCCAAAAUAACAGUGCCAGAGACUGGAGACCCCCACUCUCCUGAUGUGGUUAAAUGUUGCUCACAGAACUAGUAGGCCAAUCCAAAAACCUACAGAUAUCUUUGUAAUUUAAAGAAGGCUAUAGCAGGAUACUUUCCUUAGGGAUCAUGUGGCAACAAAGUAAAGAAGAAAAAUGAUGACGUUUUAUAUUUACAUUGUUCUAUCUAAAAUUUUGCAACAGAUGCUGUAUAUGUUCUUACAACAAAGGGUAAAAUAUGCAAUUUUAGAUCAUUCUAAGUUUUUAUUGAUUUUUGAAAGGCAUAUUGUGACCCCAAAUUAGUGUCUCAUGACCCCCCAAGGGGCCCCGACCCCCACUUUGGGAACCACUGCUUUACAGCAUUUUUAUUGAAACAAUGAAAUGAACAUGAGAGCUGACUUCAGUCGAUGCUUAUCUGUGUAAUAGUAGCUCAAAAGAAAAUGUUUACGCAGUUCAUGUGAAGUCAUUUUAAAAAAUGUUGAAAAUGUUUUUGGACAACAGGUAUCACAGAAUAUUGGUUUAAAUUAUCUUUAUUCAAUGCAAUUACAGUCUCCUUUUAACAGGUUGCACUGUUUUCUCACUUAAAAAGUUGCACAAAUACCCAAAGCCCUCAUGGAAAAGUAGUUCCAGUUAAAGUGGCCUUGUUUAUCCAAAAACAGACAGUACACCCACCAGUAAGUGAUAUAACCCAACUUACUCUGAAUCCUGAGUUUCAGUGGCUAAAUGUGUAUCACAUGUAAUCACUAAGGAUAUUUUACAUAAAGCAAAUGACAGACAUAUGACCACCAUCUUCUGCUCAAAUGUAGCUCUGUGACUGGGGCUGGAUUUAAAAGCUGAAACUGAAUUAAGAGCUGCUCACUGGGUCAAUUGUGCAGUAGGUCACAUAUUCAUGCAGUAGGUAAACUUAAAUUAAACCCAGAUUGGGCAAAAUAUGACCGGUAUAGAAGACAAUGAUGACAAAUCAUGCUAGGAAUGUCAUGUGGACAUGCAGUAGUUAUGAGAUGAAGUGUUUUUAUGUUUCCCCACUGAAGUGCCUUUUUAUAUUUUUCUAAAGCAAUGUAAGACAUAACCUAACAGCUCAAAUUGCUGGUUUAAUAAGUGAAUUACUGACUCGUUCAGCACAGACUAGUUGUAUGCAUUAAAAAACUUUGAAAUGAUCUGAAGCCAUUCAUAUACUGUGUGCAUAAGUCAUGCUUCCCUGUAUCCUCUGUAGGUCAGAUUAACUUUUGUAUAUUAAUCCAUGUAAUAAAGAACUGAUUAUUCUA